UUCUUAUCCGACCAUACGACUCCGCCCAUCGUUACUCGCCUCCAAACAAGCAUAGCGCCGCAGAGCUCGACUUCAUCCUCCCAUGGCGGGUCUCCUUUCGUCCUCCUUCACCGCCCUCUCCGCUCCCAGAGGUCCAACUCUAUCCUAUUGCCCCGCUCCUCUCCCUCCAACCUCAUUUCCUGCCCGGGUUGUCCACCGGAGAAACCUCAGCAGUGGUGCCAGAAUUAGUAUCAGGCACCGGCCGCGCCACCUCCUGGUCUCCGGUGCGGCUGCCGCCACCACUGAGCUCUCCUCCGCCGAUGAGGGAAAGAAGUUGAUGAGCAGCGAGAGCCAGCGGCCGGUCUUCCCGUUCUCGGCCAUCGUGGGGCAGGACGAGAUGAAGCUGUGCCUUCUGCUGAAUGUCAUCGACCCCAAGAUCGGCGGCGUCAUGAUCAUGGGCGACCGGGGCACCGGCAAGUCUACCGUCGUCCGCUCCCUCGUCGACCUCCUUCCCGAGAUCAAGGUGGUCGUGGGCGACCCUUUUAACUCCGACCCCGAGGACCCCGAGUCGAUGAGCAUGGACGUCCGCGACCGCGCCGCCCGUGGCGAGCCCCUUCCGGUGGCCGCCACCAGGAUCACCAUGGUCGAUCUGCCGCUCGGCGCCACCGAGGACCGGGUCUGCGGCACCAUCGACAUUGAGAAGGCACUCACCGAGGGCGUCAAGGCCUUCGAGCCCGGCCUGCUCGCCAAGGCCAACAGGGGCAUUCUCUACGUCGACGAGGUCAAUCUCUUGGACGACCACCUGGUGGACGUGCUCCUGGACUCCGCUGCCUCCGGGUGGAACACCGUGGAGAGGGAGGGCAUUUCCAUUUCCCACCCCGCUCGGUUCAUCCUUAUCGGUUCCGGGAACCCCGAGGAAGGUGAGCUCCGGCCACAGCUCCUGGACAGGUUCGGAAUGCACGCCCAGGUGGGGACGGUGAGGGAUGCCGAGCUGCGGGUCAAGAUUGUGGAGGAGAGAGCUGGGUUUGAUCAAGACCCCAAGGGGUUCAGGGAAACUUACCGAGCAGAGCAGGAGAAGCUCCAGCAACAGAUUGCAUCGGCACGGAGCUCGCUUGCAUCGGUUCAGAUCGAUCACGACCUUCGUGUGAAGAUCUCUAAAGUUUGUGCAGAGCUGAAUGUGGAUGGGCUGAGAGGAGAUAUUGUCUCCAAUAGGGCUGCCAAGGCCUUGGCUGCAUUGAAAGGGAGGGACAAAGUGACUGCAGAAGACAUAGCCACUGUCAUUCCGAACUGUUUGAGACACCGGCUCAGGAAGGAUCCUUUGGAGUCGAUAGACUCUGGUUUGCUCGUCAUUGAGAAGUUCUACGAGGUCUUUAGCUGAGCAUUCACUCUAAGAGGUUAUCUUGCAGAGCAUCAAGAUUCACAAAGAUAAAAGGAAAUGUGUAACCCUUAAAAUGCUGGUAUUACACAUGUAUAUCCCUUGCAGUUUUGUAUUUGUUCUUGUGUCAGUCACAAUGUCUUCUAUGCAUCUAUUCCCAUCCAUGUUGUUUUUAUGAAGAGUUGUCAAUUUACAACGCUUAAAUUGUAUGUUUGACAUGAGUUUUAGAUAU